GCAAUUUUUGUAGCUCUGUACUUUUAUUAUGAAAAUUAGCCUGUCAACGUGCAAACGGAAGUAAGCGUGUGUAUAUGCUGCUGUAUUGUAGAGAAUGUAUAGCUGAAGCGCUCGUCUGUCAAACAGAAGGCAGCUCUGGUGCGGGGAAAUAUGCCGACCUUGUUCUUGCCGCUUUCAUACCUGCUCAGAAAUCAGGAGGGUUUUAAGAGGCUCUUCACGCACUUUAAGUAUUUGCACACUAGAAGCGGGAUAUGGACGGUCAACACCAGCAGCACGCCGUGGAUCUCGAAAUCUGCUCUCGUGUCCCGGAGAAGAGAGGUUCCUGUGGGACAGCUGACAGCAAGGAACAUGUGCACCAGCUCCAGUGGCGACAAGACCAGUUGGCUCUGGUCUGUUUACAAUGAAACCAAACAGCAAACGCAAGAUUUAAUUCCUGUGAUAUCAAAGAACUUUGUGAACCCAGACACCAUCUUUGCUAAUAAUCAGAUGAGUCUGCAAGACAUUGAGAUCUAUGGCUUUGACUAUGAUUACACACUGGCCUUCUACUCCAGUCACCUUCACACACUCAUAUUCAACAUCGCCCGAGACAUCCUCAUCCAGGAGCACAGGUAUCCAGAGGGACUGAGGGAAUAUGAUUAUAUACCAAAUUUUGUGAUUCGUGGUCUGCACUAUGAUGUUCAAAAGGCCUUACUGAUGAAGAUUGAUGCCUUUCAUUAUAUCCAGCUGGGUACAGUGUACAGGGGUCUUAAUCCUGUGCCAGAAAAGGAGGUCAUUGCAAUGUAUGAAGGCUCCCAUGUACCCCUCGAGAUCAUGAGUGACUUUUAUGGCAAGAGCUCUCACGGUCACACCAUGAAGCAGUUCAUGGAUAUCUUCUCCCUGCCAGAAAUGACGCUGCUGUCAUGCGUUAGUGACUACUUCAUGAAGCACAACAUUGACUACGAGCCUGUUCAUCUUUAUAAAGACGUCAAGGAGGCCAUAGGAGACGUCCACGUCAGAGGGAUUAUGUAUCGAGCGGUAGAGGCUGAUAUCGAGAAGUAUAUCUGUUAUGCUGAACAGACACAUGCUGUUUUACGGAAGCUAUCUAAGAACGGAAAGAAGAUGUUUUUGAUUACGAACAGCCCUUUUGAUUUUGUAGAUCGCGGCAUGAACUACAUAGUUGGUAAAGACUGGCGGGACCUGUUCGAUGUUGUCAUAGUGCAGGCCGACAAGCCAGGCUUUUUCAAUGACAGGAGGAAACCAUUCAGACGAGUUACUGAUAAAGGCGUGUUGCUAUGGGACAGAAUUCACCACCUUGAGAAAGGGCAGAUCUAUAAACAGGGAAACCUGUAUGAGUUUUUGCGGCUUACAGGCUGGAGGGGAUCAAAGGUUUUGUACUUCGGAGAUCACAUUUACAGCGACCUUGCCGACUUGACCCUGAAACACGGUUGGAGAACAGGAGCUAUCAUUCCUGAGCUGCGUAAAGAGAUCAAAAUCAUGAAUACUGAGGAGUAUGUCCACACCAUGACCUGGCUGCAGGCCCUGACCGGACUGCUGGAGCAUAUGCAGGUGCAUCGGGACUCUGCGUCACAAAUGGUGAUUCAGCAGUGGAUCAAUGAAAGGGAGGAGAUGAGGUUACGGACCAAAGACAUCUUCAACGCCCAGUUUGGUAGUCUUUUCCGCACAUACCACAACCCGACCUACUUCACACGCCGUCUCUCCCGCUUCGCCGACAUCUACAUGGCGUCCCUCAGCUGUCUGCUGAACUACGACCUCCAGCACACCUUCUACCCCAGACGCACACCCCUGCAGCACGAGUCUCCCAUCUGGCCCGAGCAGACCAGCACCGGAGCCAUGAACAUCCCCUUCCAGAGCCACAGCACAACCACUGGACCUGAAUAGAGAGGCCACACAAGACACUUGCUUUAAAAUGUAUGUACCACAGAACAGCUGCAGUUACAUCACUUUAAUCAGAUUCAGCUCUAGUUUUAAAGACACAUGUGGGUGAGUCACUUCAUAUAACUUCUGUGCUGUGGUACAUGUAAUCUUUGGAUAUCUUAUUUUUGAUACCAUGUAAAACACUCUACAUGGACGAGAGAGUACUUAAGGAACUUUGUGGUGUUUUAAUGUGCCUCGUAGUGUAUUAGAGAUUUUAUUUUUGUAGUUUGUAGCCUUUCUUUCAUCACUGGCCUUCAUAAAUCUUA